CUCAGCCUCAGCCUCAGUCUCAGACGAACUGAACCACCAACGUCACGAAAUGUACCCAAAAAGGUCUCUCCAAACAUAACCUGAAAUUACAUGGAAAUUUGAUUCAUAGAAGUUCUUUUCGUUAUGGGUUCAAUUGUUCCAUUCCAAGACCUAAAUCAUCCACCACCACCACCACCACAAAACCCAUUACACAUUUUCCCUAAAAUCGAACCUAAAGUUGAACCAUUAGAUGAACCACCACCAGGAAUUCCUUCCAUUUACACCUCAAAUUCAAUUCAAAACCCAACAAUUACUGAUCCUGAUCCUCUCCAACUCUUCCCAGCUACUGAUAUUACUUCAAAUGCAAGUACAAAUGAAAAUGAUGUUUAUUCAGAAUUCUAUAGGAUAUCUGAGUUGUUCAAGACUGCUUUUUCCAAGAAGGGGGGAGCACAACAGAAUUAUCAUGAAAAUAAUAAUAAUUAUGAAGUGGAGGAGGAGACGUUAGAAGACCCUAAUACUACUGCUACUCCUACUACUGAUUGUUUGUCUAUUGUACCAGUUUCGCACCAAGAAGGGGGGGUUGUUUCUACAGAUGUUGUAACUAAACGGCAAUUAAGUUUUAGGUCAUCUGAAAUGGUCAGGGUUUCAACUCUUGGACCUGAAGAUCAAAGAUAUUUUAGAGAUUUAGUAAGAAGAUCAAGAAUGUUGUUUGAAUCUCUUCGGAUUUUAUCCAUAUUUGAAGAAGAUAAGGGCAGAAAUAUUGGGAUAGUGAUGAAGAGAUUGAGAGGAGAUUUAAAGGCUGCUGCAUUGAUGAGAGAUAAAGGAUUAUGGCUGAAUAGAGAUAAGAGGAUCAUUGGUAAUAUACCUGGUGUUUGUGUUGGUGACAUUUUCUUUUUUAGGAUGGAGAUGUGUGUCUUAGGAUUACAUGGUCAAGUUCAAGCUGGAAUUGAUUAUGUACCUGCUGUGAGGUCUACUAGUGGGGAGCCAGUGGCGACCAGUAUUAUUGUUUCAGGUGGAUAUGAAGAUGAUGAAGAUCAAGGUGAUGUUAUUAUAUACACUGGGCAAGGUGGGCAACUCAGGAAUACUACCAAACAAAGUGUUCAUCAGAAACUUGAAGGAGGUAAUCUUGCAUUGGAGAGGAGUAUGUUCUAUGGUAUUGAGAUUAGAGUGAUUAGAGGGUUGAAACACGAAGGUAGUCCUACUAAUAAAGCUUAUGUCUACGACGGUCUUUAUAGGGUUGUUGAUUCGUGGUUUGAUGUUGGUAAGUCUGGUUUUGGCGUUUAUAAGUACAAACUUGUUAGAAUGGAGGAUCAACAUGAAAUGGGUAGUGCAAUUAUUAGGUUUGCCAUGGAAAUUAGGAUAAAUGCAUUGGCUACAAGACCGAAAGGUUACUUGAGUCUUGAUAUCUCAAAUGGAAAAGAAAACAUUCCUGUUUUUCUUUUUAAUAAUAUCGAUGCUGAUCAAACGCCAUUGUGUUAUGAGUAUUUGCCGAAGUCUGUUUACCCUCCAUUUACAUUUCAGCAAAUGGGUAAUGCUGGUGGCUGUCAUUGUGUUCAUGGUUGUUCGGAGGAUUGUUAUUGUGCUCAGAAAAAUGGAGGGGAAUUCGCGUACGAUCGAAACGGGAUGCUGGUGAGAGGGAAGCCAUUGAUAUAUGAAUGUGGUCCAUUCUGUAGCUGCCCUCCAACAUGUCGAAAUCGUGUAAGCCAGAAAGGGUUGAAACGCCAUUUGGAAAUAUUCAGGUCGAGGGAAACAGGUUGGGGAGUCCGCCCCUUGGAUUUAAUUCCUGCGGGUUCUUUUGUCUGUGAGUACACUGGCGUGGUGCUGACAAGGCAACAAGCGAUGGUUCUUUCAAUGAAUGGCGAUGGUUUGGUCUAUCCAAGUCGGUUUCCUGAACGGUGGUCCGAAUGGGGAGACAUAUCUCAGAUCUUCCCUGACUUUAUAAGGCCAACAUACCCAUCCAUUCCCCCGUUGGAUUUUGCAAUGGAUGUUGCUAGAAUGAGGAAUGUUGCUUGUUAUAUUAGCCAUAGUUCAAGCCCGAAUGUGUUGGUUCAGUUCGUUAUGUAUGAUCACCACAAUGUGUUGUAUCCUCAUCUGAUGAUUUUUGCGAUAGAAAAUAUCCCACCACUGAGAGAGCUCAGUCUCGAUUAUGGAGUGGCUGAAGACUGGGGGGUGGAUAAACUCGCCAUCUGUAACUAAAUUUUGAAGAGUUCUGUCAUGAUCUUGAGCGUAUGUUGCUUGGAGCUGUUUGCUUGGACCAACUUCUCUUACUCCCUUUGAUGGAACUUUCAUUCCACCUAUAAGGAGCAGUUCGGGAGUUUUGAAAAGUCAGCUUAUGGCUGUUCUAUUUCGUAAGUACUUUUUUCUCCAAGCACAUGUUAUCAAGGAAGUUUUGCAGACAGCUACUCUAAUCAUAAAGCAUCGGAUGAGAUAGCUUUGGCUCUAUUAUAGUAUGUACAGAAGCCUUCCUCAGUUCAUGACUACUAUGCUGACAAUGAGAUACAAGCGAUACGGUUACAAAAAGCUGAAAGCUUCAAAUAUGUUUGAGGCUGCGGUAAAACAUGCAGCUGUUACUUGUAUGUAAAACCUUCAGUCACCUUAAGGUCCGCGAGAUGACGUCUGAAGGAAUCUGUAUUGUAUGUUUUUGUAAGCUUAACACGCGAAUGUAUGAACUCUUGUAUCUGAUCAUCAUGUAUAUACAAGUCAAAAGAUUUGAUGUAGAAACAUUUGUACGGCAGGGAAUGAAAUGGACAAAUGCCAUCAAAGCUUCAUGUU